GAUGAAGCAAAUACUGUAUUUAAGCCAACCCUCAACCUCCAGCAUCAUUCCUCAUUGAGGCGUAUAUUGUCGUAUAUCGUAUAUUGCGCGUCAAGUAGCUGGGCUGUGUGUAUCUUAUGUACAUAUAUGUGCAUUCUCGCCGUUUAUGUUUACUAUCUGUCUGAAUAUGGAGCAAGCUUUUUUGUCUUAACUUAUAUGUUUGUUUUUACUUCACUUUGAUUCAAGGUCUCGAGCAAUACUAUACCACACUAGAAGUACACAGACUUUCAUUUGCGCUGCAGUGUAUAUUGCAUAUAUAACCAAACAGAACUUCUUUUUUAUCUCCCUCUGCCGCGGCCCGCCUCUCCGCCUCGUUUUUUUAAAGAAAUAUACAAGAAGGCGUCGUCCUCCCUCCAACUACAGAAAGCAAAAAUGUCUGACUCCUCGGCCCCGACAGACAAUCCAGUCUACAAACUUUACCGUUACACGCCGAAUAUAGUAGCGGCCGUGAUCUUUCUGGUCGUGUUCGCAGCUACGACAUUGUAUCACAUAUACCAGAUGAUCAGGGCCCGAUCAUGGUACUUCACUCCUCUUGUUAUUGGCGGUAUUUUCGAAGUUGUCGGAUACAUCUUCCGAAUUAUGGCGCAUUCCAACACAGAGUCCAUUCCCAUCUACAGCAUCACCACGAUUCUGAUCUUACUCGCACCGGCACUCUUCGCCGCUUCGAUAUACAUGGUUCUCGGACGACUGAUCGUCGCACUCGACGCCGAAGACCUGUCACCCAUCCGCAAGAAGUGGAUGACCAAGAUUUUCGUCAUUGGAGAUGUCAUUGCAUUUUUGAGUCAAGCAGCCGGUGGAGGAAUCAUGGCUAGCGGAACAACUAGCGCUUUGGCGACUGGAGAGCAUAUUACGAUAGCGGGUCUUGCCAUCCAACUUGCCUUCUUCAGCGUCUUCAUAUUCACCGCGACUAUCUUCCAUCGUCGAUUUCAAAGAACCGCAAACACCGAGCCAAUGAGAAUGUCCGUUAAAUACAUGAUGAAGAACAAGAACUGGGAGGCUUUGCUGUACGUUUUGUAUGUUACAAGCGCACUAAUCCUGAUCCGUUCAGCUUUCCGCUUGAUCGAGUAUGCUGGUGGAAAUGAUGGGUAUCUGCUGUCGCAUGAGGCUUUUGCUUACAUCUUCGACGCAACAUUGAUGUUCUUCGUAAUGGUGAUACUCAACAUUUUCCACCCAUCCGAUGUAAUGGGAGACAAGGCGACUUUGUAUAGAAGCCCGGGCAUGUCUCUGCGUAGCCGGGGUUCGGGAGUUUGAAGUCUGAAGAGGGAUAGCUAGAAUUGCUGGCGGAUUGAUAAAUUGUAGUGUGGCUUUUUAGCGUCAAAGGUUAAAUAUUUAAUAUAUAUUGGCAGCAAAGAUUGAGAAGGAGAUUGAAUGUUGCCAUAACCAUAGUAAAACCUGAUUAUAAUUAUAUUUGAUAUACCGGUAGCGUUACACAAAUAUACCUUUACAUGUCA